UAUCGCGACGGCUCUCUCGCUCGCUCUCUCCAUUUCUCUCUCGCUCGCUCGCCCAUCUCUCGGUUUCUAUACACCGUAGAAAACAAAACGAUGUCCAGCUGCAGCAUCCGAGCGCUCUGGAUCCUCAACGCCCAGGACGCCGUCGUCUUCUCCAGGAGAUUUCCGGUGGUGGAGAGACGGUGGCGCUUGGCUUGUGAGAAGGAGAAAGAUAGCUGCGCCGUGGAGGAUCAUGGAUACUCCGCCCAGCCUUUGCUGCCGACGGAUGCCGAGUUGGCUUCGGCUUUCGCUGAGAGGAAGAAGAGGGAAGGUUCUGCACGUGGUUUUGGUAUCCGCUUUAGUCAGUCAGUUCAAGGUUCAGAUUCUUGGGUUGAUGAUCCAAUCACUCGCCACAUUAUAACACUAUAUAUUUAUAGAGAGGAAAGGGAUGAGUUUAUGUUGUGGCCACUGGUUUUGCAUACUAAAGGCAGUUAUCACAUUCUUGUUUUACCUUUCGUCGAGCCUCAACAAUUUAAAGCAUAUGGGAGGUUGUGUACCAGAUCUGAUUGUGGAAAUUCAGUUGGAGAGGAAUGCAGUCUCUCUUCCCUUCUACUUGAUCUUCCGUGUAUCACAGGGGCAUUUAUGGUAGCACACACUGUGGGAGACAUAGUUGCUGGCGAUGUGCAGGAUCCUGAGGUGGUUGUGAGUUCAUCGCCCUCUGUGGGAGGAUUGUUGGAUUCACUUACUGGUAGCAUAGGCAUACCAAGCAUUUCAGCUAGGGCAAAACCUGUUGCAGCACCAGUUGCAGCUUCAACCACUUCAGUUGCUUCAGCAGCUGGUAAUGUUGUAAUAGAUGCCCCUAAAAGCACUUUCAGACCCAUCGACAAAGAAGUGCUGCGCACUUUUAUUAGCAGCUCAAUGCCUUUUGGAACGCCUCUUGAUCUUAAUAUAUCAAAUAUAUCUGCAAUCAAGACAAAUGGAUUUUCUUCCUCCGAUUUGCCUCCUUCAGACCUGAAGCAACCUGCUUGGAAGCCAUACCUGUUCAAAGGGAAGCAGCGGAUCCUAUUCACAAUUCAUGAGUUUAUUAAUGCUGCAAUGUAUGAUCGAGAUGAAAUACCAGAUGCUAUUUCAGUUUCAGGUCAACUAAAUUGCAGAGCAGAGUUAGAAGGAUUGCCUGAUGUUUCCUUACCUCUGACUGGGCUGAAGGCUGCUCAUGUUGAGAUUUUGUCUUUCCAUCAUUGUGCACAAGUGUCAGAACAUGGUGAAGAUAAGCAAGCCCUGAUGUUUUCUCCACCACUUGGGAAUUUUGUUUUGAUGCGUUAUGAGGCUUUAAGCAAUCUUGAUCCUCCUGUGAAAGGCUUUUACCAGCUCUCCAUGGUGUCAGAAGAUGAAGGUGCAUUUUUAUUUAGGUUACGGUUGAUGGAAGGUUACAAAGGUCCCUUUUCUAUGGAGUUUUGUACUGUUACUAUGCCAUUCCCUCGGAGAAGGGUGGCAUCCAUUGAUGGAAACCCUUCUGUUGGAACUGUUUCGACAACAGAAGUUUCGGUUGAAUGGAAAAUUAUUACGAGUGGACGGGGUAUUACUGGGAAAAGCAUCGAGGCAACUUUUUCAGGGACAGUUAGAUUUCUUCCAAGGACAAGCCAGAGAGUACCUUCACGGUCCAUGUCGGGUUCAGCAUGUGUAGUUGAAGAAGAUAGUGAUGUAGAGCAAGAUAGUUCUAGUAAUAUCGUUAACAUAGAGGAAUACUUAAUGGAGAAAAUGAAUAAGGAUCUACAAGGAGUAGAUUUCGAAGAGCCGUUAUGUUGGCAAGCAUAUAGUUAUGCCAAAGUCUCUUUUAAAAUUUUUGGUGGCUCACUGUCAGGAAUGUCAAUCGACCCAAAAUCUGUAAGCAUUUAUCCAGCUGUUAAAGCACCUGUGGAGUUCUUUAUGCAGCAGGCUUCCUCUGGAGACUAUAUAUUGUGGAAUACUUUGGGAAGGUGCCCAUUUGCUGCCUCGCCCACUGUUCACUGAGGUUGGGAUUUGUUUGCAAUUUGUAGCCUAACAAGUAUCAAUUUGUUUUAGUCGAAACAAUAAAGUGUGGAUUCUUAUGCCUAGAGUUUGUUCUAAAUGAGAGAGAAAUUAAACCCAGUCAUAUAUUACCAUAUUGGUGGUUAGGAAGGUACAUUCUCAUGUAUAAUAACUUAAAACCUUUAAUAUCAUUUUGCUGAGAUUUUUCUUUAGCUGAGUUGAGC